AUGGGGAUGGAGUUGAAGAUUUACGUUUACAACACAGAGGCCGAGAACAUCAGAGAGGUCGUGAUCGUUCCAUCAACACAGUGGGGUGGUGAUGGGGCCAUUGGUGCGGACAUCAGGACAGGUCUCCUUCAUCGGAUUCCUGCGCCAAGGCGUGCAUUCAACAUCCAGCCGCAAGCCAGUGCAGAAGCGAAGCUGCAGACAGAGCCAGGUGGCAGUCGUGUACAGACUGUGGCCGCGCCGAAGCAGGCCCAGGCAGGUUCCACAGAGCGGCCAGCGGGUCAAGUGGACUUGGAACAGGUGCAGCCUUUGCUGGCACAGGUUCAGAAUCAGCUUCAACAGCUGCAAGACCUCCAGCUGAGCCAGGGUCAUUUGACCGCUGUCCAGCAAGAUCAUUUUCGACAACUUAUGCACAUGCAGCAGCUGCUGCAGUCACACAUCACGCAGCAAGCCCCGCAGACAGAUCAAAGAGCAGACCGCAGCAGUGAGGAUCUUUUGCCGCCGUCAGUCGGACCAAAUGCUACACAUGAAGAUCAUUAUGAGGACCAAGCGAAGGCUCAUGUUACAGAAGACGGUGGCUCGGAGGCCCGUGUGGUGCCCAAUGGGCAGGGUGUUCAAGAUCACUCCUCCAUCCAGACGGGACAGCCAAGGUCGCAGCACCGGCCGCCCGUCUUUGAGCUGCCUACUGCAGCGAAGGCAGCUGCAGCCUUGCCGAGCUCUCCGCUUGACACGCUAACGCCGGGCAUCAUCUACGAGACUGCGGUUUCGUAA